AUGCGGCAACACGUAGCUAGUGGCUUUCGACUUAAAGAAAACAAGCAUCCUUUUAUAUUCGAAAACGAGAAGGGGCAUGUCUUGGUUAUUGCUUUCAUAACACCAUCUAUCGUUCGUGUCCAAUAUUUGACAGAACUCGAACGAGAAAAACAGAUUAGAGAAGCUGACUGCAUAGUCGACUCUGUAGACGUCAAACUAAGCAAUACAUAUGUGGAUGGUCAACUUUUAACGGAUACGCUUGAACUGAAAACGUCAGACCUUCGUCUGGUUGUCACCUUGCAGCCUGCUUUCCAACUAAAAUGGUAUCCCCUAGAACAACAAGAUACAAGUGAAUUUCCUUUUGCAGAGGAUUUACUCUACAGAGCAUAUGCAUAUGACAAGGCAACAGAUGAUAAAUGGCAUUAUCAGCGAAAAUAUGAUGGUAACCUUUACUAUGGACUGGGUGAGCGCACAGGCUCGUUUAACUUAAGCGGUCGACGAUUCAAACUUGAAAGGCUCGACUGUAUGGGGUAUGACGCGGAAACACAGGAUCCGCUCUACAAGUUUUGUCCAUUCUAUAUAUGUUUAUCGCGUAAAUCAAGGCAUGCGUAUGGUAUUCAUUAUAACAACUUUUCAAAAGCAGAAAUCAAUUUUGGACAAGAGCUUGAUGCGAUGUGGAAGACUUACACAUAUUACCACUCCGAAUCAGGUCCUUUGGACUAUUAUAUGAUAUUUGGGCCAAAGGUUAGCUCCGUAGUUCAAAAAUAUUCAUAUAUCGUAGGCAAGCCUCGCCAUCUUCCUCCUCGUUAUUCUUUUGGAUACCUUGCGUCUUCUAUGGGUUAUGCAGAAUCAGACGAAGCUCAAAAAAAGAUUGAAGAGUUUGUGGAGAAUUGUAAAAAGUACGAUAUACCUUGCGAUGGCAUGCAUUUAUCUUCGGGCUACACAGUGAAUGCUGAUGGUGAUCGUUGCGUCUUUACUUGGAACCACAAGCGAUUUCCAAAUCCAGAAGAACUUUCAAAGAAACUAAAGGAAGCAGGCAUACGAAUAUUUGCAAAUGUAAAGCCGUGGUUACUACAACACUGUCACCCGGAUUUUGAAUUAGUAAAAGCUGAUAAAGGAUUUGUUUGGGACACAGACGAAGAUCAACCGAGUACAGUCAUGCAGUGGAAAGCAGGACCUAAUACCAUAGGCAAAGCUAGUUAUAUAGAUUUUUCGAGUGAAUCGGGUUAUAAUUACUGGAAAUCUCGUUUAAAGACGGAGCUCUUGGAAAAAGGAUAUCUUUUAUGGCUGGAUAAUAAUGAAUUUACUACUGCAGAUGAUGGACACACCUACGCCAACCAGGUAUCCCCAUAUUCUUUUUCGGGAAUGCAUGGCUCUCGUAUUACUGGGCCAACAUUACCUAAAGAAAGAUCAGAAACCAUAAAGGCAGGCACCCCUUUGCAGACGUUAUUGAUGAUUCAGGCAUCGUAUGAAGCACUUCGAGAGCAUGAUCCAGUUCAACGACCCUUUUUGAUUACGAGAUCAGCAACGCCAUAUGCACAACAGCUUGUGUCGCAAACAUGGAGUGGCGAUAACAUGACAAGUUGGAAGACUGUAAAAUACAACAUACCCAUGGGCCUUGGUGCAAAUUUGAGUGCUAUGCCUUAUGGCUAUGGUCAUGAUAUUGGGGGAUUUGCUGGUCCACAACCUGAUCCAGAAAUGCUCGUCCGAUGGGUCCAACAAGGAAUAUUUUGGCCCAGGUUUUGUGUACAUUCGUGGAAUUCGGAUAAUACGAUUACAGAAUUAUGGAUGUUUCCAGAGGUGUUGCCUGUCAUUCGAUCUUCUCUCCAGCUUCGCUAUAGACUAAUCCCUUAUUUGUACACAUUGUACGUGAGAUAUGCAUACUACGAGCAACAGCCUUUAAUACGUCCCGUGUUGUAUGAGCACCAACAUGAUAUCAACACCUAUGAUCAACAAUUUGAAUUUAUGGUUGGACCAUCUUUACUAGUGGCGCCUAUUUAUGAACCAGGCCAGACCCAUAGAGAAGUCUACCUUCCUUCCAAUACAUCAUGGUAUCAUUUUCAAACAGGAACGUAUUAUAAGACUGACCCGAACGCUGGCCAAUGGGUAAAAGUGGCUGCACCUCUCACUGAUGAAGCUGCUCCACUCUUUGUCAAGGAGGGAUCACUCAUAUGUUUUGGGAAAGCAAUGAAAAAUGUUCAUGGCUCUAUUGACGAUGAUCGCCGCGUACAAAUAUUCCCUCGUCGAUUUGGCCACAUGGAUGAUGCUCAUUAUACAAGGGAAACACUCAUAUUAUAUGAGGAUGAUGGAGAGACAUUGUACCAUGAAACUGGUGGUGCAUAUGCAGAAAUUCACAUUUGGAUGGAAGAAAGAGAAACUGAGAUCCAUGUUGGUAUGGAAAUUGUCAAAGACGGGUAUUUUCCUUACUAUGACACUGUUUGGGUUACCUGUCCGAUAAAGAGUGAAACAAGAAAGCUAAUAUUUGAAGUACCAGACGAAGAAUCAAAUGUACUUCAAAUAUUAGCAAGCAGGCAGUUGCCUAGCUUUGUAGAUGAUAAUAGUAACUUGGCAUACUUUGGAAUAAGAUUACCAAAGAGUAGGAGGAAUGCUUGUGAGACAUAA